AUAAUUUUAUAUUCAGUCGUUUUCUGUCCUCUGUUGGGUGCUUAAGUUUUGAUGUGUACAAUUAAUUCUGCAGCUAAAUUACUUAGGAUAAAGUUUGUUUGUUUUUUUUUCCUACCGGAACGUGUUAAUAUUAAAAACUGAAUCAUCUUAAAGUUUGGUUUAUCAUGUCUUGUCUGUAAUUGAAAGUUUCUUUUUUUCUGCAUCAAAAAUUGAGUCUAACUAAAGCUGAAAUCUUUAUUGCAUAGAUAUUUAAACCUAUAAUAAGGGUCAUUUGGGAUAAGAGUUCAGCUAUGCCAUCGAGGACUGCAACGGAACAAAUGCCACAGCAAUUAUAUGGAUUGCCCCUGGUUAUCUAUACCCUGAUGCUGCGUUUGGCUGCGACACUUGUUGGUCAAUAUUUCUUGCAUUUGGCCGAUCGAAUUCUCUGGACUGUGGAAAAUUUGACUUACUGGUCCAUCCCACCACAACGCCUUGCUGAAAUUACAAAUGAUCCUGAUGCACCUCUCACACGGCCCCUUUCCUGGUGGCUCUUCCUUCCGGGCCUCCUCUGGCUGAGAUUCAUUCGCAAAAGUCUGAGUGUUGCUCUUUGGUUUGUUGGGAUUGAACCUGUGACCCCUGUCUCUAUGAUUCACUAUGUACAAGUACAAAGGAAGAAGAUUCAGUCGAUAAAGCAAUCUGGCGCUAAAAUAAUAAGAAAACAUCGGGAGGAGUCAUCAAAGAGACCUGGUAUUCUCCGUGCUCUUUGGAAUAAGUUACAAAAGAUUUUCUGCUUGGAGAAAAUUUACUACGAAGAUGGAGAUAUUAAAAUUAUACCGCAAAAGUCAGUAAAUAAUGAAGAAAGUGAGGAAGAUGUUGAAGAUGAAACUGAACUAUCUCUUGCUGAAUUGUUGGAAAAGUAUGCCAAUGAGGAGGACGAUGAAGUGAAUGAUCCAGAUUAUGUGCAUAACGAAGAAUCUUCAAGUGAAGACACUGAUGGUGAUGAUGAUGAUGUUGAAUUUACUGAUGAUGGAGAACUCGGUGAAGAAGCUCAGACAGUCUUAAAUAAAUCCUUCGCGUGUGAGCCAACGCGAUCACCGAGAAAUGAGCCACUUGCAAGAAGUAGGACACCACCGAUGAAGGAAUAUUCUAAAUCUUUGCAUCCACUCAAUGUUCCUCCUCCCAAUCGCAAUCUUGAUCACGAAAACGCUAUAAAGGAUCCAGAACCGAAAGUGCGAAAUGGCACUUCUGUGGACAAAAGGAAAGGAUCUAUGCCAAAUAGAAAUAAUCAGAAGUAUCGUGGAGGGUCAAACAAUCGUUGGAAUUUCAAGCACAACAACAAUGUUCGUAAACCCCCAGUUAUUACUGUUUCUGGUACGAAUAAUAACAGUGAAAAUUUCUUCACUGCAAACGAUGGUAUCGAAACUCUUCUCAAUAUCCGGCGUAUUCUGGAGCAAGUAGCUCAGCAAAAUCCACGGAACCCAAAGAUGUGAAAAUGAAGGAUUCAGACAGAAAUCGGGAAAUUUUUUAGUAUAUCAUAAUUAAUUGCUAAAAUUCUUGUAAAGAUCCCAAUGUAUGAUGGUUUUCUGAGCAUAAUAUCAUGUAAUAAACUUUAAAAAUUUUCUGAA